AUUAUAAUGCGUAGGUAAGCAUAGUGUAGUAGGCUCAGUUGAUACGAAAUCAAUUUUAUGUUACCGGAUAUCUAUGGUGAUUUUUUUUAUCAUAUAGGUAGAUAUUUGUUUGACAUAUGAGGGCGUUCCACUUUGACAAGCGACUGCUGUUUUGUUAUCAUUGUUAUUAUCAUUAUUUGCUAUCGUACACAAUUAAAUCGUCUGGAUUUAAUGAUGUAUACUAAUGCAGAUUAAUAAUACUAUACAGUGCCGGUGAUUGAUCCACAAGAUUGGCUUUGUUUUCCGCGACAAAUGUGGCUUUUGUAAACCGAAGGUAGUUUCUAUGUGGGUGUUUCGCCAACGAUGCUCGUCAUUUGAUAAUUUUAUUUGAGUUCCAUUUUUGCAUAGGAUUGCUAUUAUAUCAUCGCUUGCAAGCACCGUGGUAUACUUUGCGUUGGAAACAAUUGAUUUGCUUCAUAAUUUUAAAGCGCACAAUAAUUUGGUAUUCGAAGUGUCAUGUCGGACACGGAUUCUAUCAAAACCGAUAGGUCGCAGCCAGACUUGCAACAGAAGUAUGACAAGCUUGCCAUGGAGUUUGCAAAAGCCAGAAUGCAGUUGAAUGUAUUGAAAAAAGCUUACACUGCAAAAACAUCAAAUUUAGAUCAAAGAAGUUAUGAAUCUUUGGACCAAUUUGAAAACUGCAAAUAUGACACUAUGUAUACAAAUAGUUUAGAAGUGAAAGAAGAUUUUAAUAAAACAAAUCAAUUAAAUUCUAAAGUAAAAACAACAGAAGAAUUGAAGUCUGAAGAUGUCCAACUCUUAAAACAAGAUAUUAGUUCUAUAAAUAAUUUUGUCCACCGUGUAUUAGACUCUACCAAAUCAAAUCAAAUUGAUUAUAAUCUUAUUAUGUCUGAAAUUGAAAACUGUAAAAGUGUACAGAAAAGCUGUUCAAUUAAUUCAUGCGGAGUACUAAAAAAUGAACUAACCACAUUAAAAUAUUCUAUUACUAAUUGUUUGCAUAACAUUUUAUAUAAUAAACUAGAAUCAAGAACUAAAAUAAACACUGAUGAUUCUCGUCUUAUUUAUCUUAAUCGUUAUUGUUUGGAAAAUAAUUUUAAAAUUGAAGAAGAUAGAUUUCAAAAAGUUUUUAUUACAUUGUUUCUCCAUUUUUUUUUAUCAUUUAUUGUAAUUCUUCAUGAUGUUCUAGAAUACUUGCUUAAAGAAAUUAACCCUGAAGCCAUCGUCACUUUACAAAACAGUUUAAAAAAAUUGAAAAAUCAAUCAAAUAGCAACUCUUUACUAUUGGAAAAUAUUUUAGUAUACUGUGAUGAAUUAAAAACAAUAAGAUUUUCUCCUCAAUACAUUCUUAUGGAAAACAUUUUAUUAUUUAUAUCAAGUAAAUAUAUUGAUUCUAUUAAAUGUAUUAAUGAUUUGAUGAAAUCAGAUCUUACCAACCAAUUUGAUUGUUCAUCUUUACGUCAAAGUAUAAUAUCGUUUAUGGCACUAAAAUUUCCUAUUGAAGAAUUAGUAAGUUCUGGAGAAUAUUGGGAUUUAAGUUGUGUCAAUAAGAAAUUAAAUGAUGUUCAUGAUACAACGCAUACAUUGUUACGUGCAAUAAAUAUAUUGGAAUUUGAAUACUUUUAUAAAAAUGGUCAAGUAGAUAUGCACUGGCAUAUGAAAGAUUUUUUGUUACACAUAGAACAAUCAAAAAAAGCCAAAGAAGAAUUUAAUUGUGAUUCAAUUGCACAAAAUUGCUACAAAAAUAUAAUAGAUGUGUGUAAUAAAAAAUUAAAUAAUGAGAUAAGUCGGUCAUUAUCUUUGGAACAAGAAAAAAUCCAUUGGGAAAAUAAAUAUAAACUUUUGUGUUUGAAGAAUGAUAGUAUAACAAAGAAGAAAAACUAUUCUGGGUCUUCGGGGCCAUUUGUAAUAGAAAAUGAAUUAGGAAAAUGUGAAUCUAGCAAGCAAUUUAAUGAUGAAGAAAUAACAAGAGAAAAAGAACUUAAAUGUUAUUUUGAAAACAAAAUUAACAAUAUUAUUUCCACUAAUAAAGAUUUAUUGAGUCAAAGCAAUGCUUAUGCAAUGGAGAUCAGUGCAUUAAAAACACGAUUGGAUCAUAGCAUAUUAGUCCGUAACCAAUUAGAUGUUAAACUUCAAGAAGCAUUGGAACAUAUUGAAGAUCUGAAAGAGGAAUUUAAUUUGACAUCUACCAAUUAUGAAGCUCAACUUAGAGCCAUGACUGAACAUUUAGCUAGUUUAAACGAGACUGUAGUUUUAGAACGAAGACACAUAGAUGAUCUUACCAGCCAAUUAAAAUCAAAAGGAGACAAGAAGAAAUCUAAGUGAAAUUAUUAAUUAUUUUAUUU